AUGUCGCUUCAGCGUGUUAUAUAUCGGGGACCCCUAAUGAUGACCUUUAGGCUGAGGGAAGGAUUUUCUUAUGUGCGGGGAAAUAAAAUCUUUGGCACAGAGGUGGAACUGGACCUGCUAUCUAACGGAGGUCUUCUUUUUGAAAUCCUGAACAGUUGGGGACGUGGGUGGGUUGACAAAGGCUAUGGGUACAUUACCAUACACGACAUCCAUUCAAUAUGGAGACACGAAGUUGGGGUAAGGACGUUGUAUCGAAAAGAUCCAACCAAAAAACAACACCAUAUCAGGAUCAUGCUACAGCUGCAGUUCUCGCAUCGUCUCUUACUGGUUAAUGGGCGGGACGUCAAUCUUUGCCGUAAUGUGCGAAGGUGGAUUUAUUUUCAUACCCCAUCACACCGAUCAUGGACCUACAAGCCUUGGCCCGUCAGCGUGCGUACAAACCUCUCAUUUGCAGACAACAGGUACAUCUACAUUACUUUACUGAUGAUUGGUUGUGACUUCUCAUGGGGCUUAGCACUUUAUUGGCCCUAUGCCUAG